AUGGUGCCAGGGCAGGAGCCGGAGGCCCAAAGCAAGAUGGUGGGGAGUCGGGGGAACACAGGGAAGAGGCUAGAAAUGAAGAAGCAUCUCUGUUUCCAUGCUUGCAGAGGGGAUAACAGACUGCCCUCUGCCCUGACAGCACCUUGCCUACUGAUUGAGGGAGACCGAGGAACUGACUGGCAGGAAACUAUUAUCCUUCACUCCAGCUUCUUCCACUUCCAGCAGCUCUCCCCUCUCGAGCAGGCCGGAGCCGAGAAACACACCAUUGCUGGUGUGCAGAAAGCGGGUGGCUUCCCUAGCACCUUUGGUCUUGGGUCUGGUAGGAGCCAGGUUAAAAGGGCCAGCAGUUUGGACAGCGGAGGCUGCUGUCCCGUCAGGGAUUUAUCUGGAUCCAUUGAUGACUUGCCGACUGGAACCGAAGCAACCCUGAGCUCAGCCGUUAGCGCAUCAGGCUCUACGAGCAGCCAAGGGGAGCAGAGCAACCCUGCACAGUCUCCGUUCUCCCCUCAUGCUUCUCCACAUCUCUCUGGCAUCCCUGGGGGCCCAUCGCCUUCCCCCGUAGGCUCUCCCGUUGGAAGCAACCAGUCGAGAUCUGGCCCCAUUUCUCCAGCGAGUAUUCCGGAGUUCGUGAAUGGGCCGUGGAUCCCAAAGCCGCCAGCGCUGAGUGGCAUGUUUGGUCUUUUGGAGGAGCAAUUCUGCCUCUGGUCCAGCAUUUGCAUCUUUGAGACAGUUGUCACAGCUGCUGCCGGCAGUCAGAUGCCACCGCAGCCUCCUGGCAGCCAGUCAGAAUCCAGCUCCCACCCUGCCUUGAGCCAGUCACCAAUGCCACAGGACCGAGGUUUUAUGACAGGCAUACAGAGGAACCCCCAAAUGUCACAGUAUGGACCUCAGCAAACUGGACCUUCCAUGUCACCACACCCCUCACCUGGAGGCCAGGUGCAUCCUGGAAUCAGUAGCUUUCAGCAGAGUAAUUCAAGUGGUACUUAUGGGCCUCAGAUGAGCCAGUAUGGACCACAAGGAAACUACUCCAGGCCACCGACGUACAGCGGCGUGCCCAACACAAGCUACAGUGGCCCAGGACCCGGCAUGGGCAUAAAUGCCAACAGUCAGAUGCAUGGCCAGGGGCCAAGCCAGCCUUGCGGUACCAUGCCCCUGGGACGGAUGCCAUCAGCUGGGAUGCAGAGCAGACCGUUUCCUGGAAACAUGAGCAGUAUGACCCCCAAUUCUCCUGGCAUGUCUCAGCAGGGAGGCCCUGGGAUGGGCCCACCCAUGCCAACUGUGAACCGUAAGGCACAGGAGGCGGCUGCUGCAGUGAUGCAGGCUGCUGCAAACUCCGCUCAGAGCAGGCAAGGCAAUUUUCCUGCCAUGAAUCAGAGCGGUAUUAUGGGAUCCAGCUCCCCCUACACUCAGCCGAUGAACAACAGCUCUGGCUUGAUGAACCCGCAGGCUCCUCCUUACAGCAUGGCACCCAACAUGGUGAACAGUUCAACAGCACCUAUGGGUCUUGCAGAUAUGAUGACACCCGGUGAGUCCAAACUAGCCCUUCCUCUCAAAGCAGACGGCAAAGAAGAAGGACCCCCCCAGCCUGAGAGCAAGUCAAAGGUAUUUACCACCUCCGCACGUGGUGUUGGUUCAGCCCGCAGUCUGCUGUGUUGUCCUUCAUCCUCUGGUUUUGGCCUUCCCACUUCCGUUCUAUCCUGCAUGCCUUUCCAUUCACGUGCAAUCUCUUC